AUGUGGUACAUCAGCACUCGGGGGAUGGCCCCACGGGUCGACUUUGAGGGGGCCCUCUUCUCUGGCUAUGCUCCCGAUGGAGGUCUCUUCAUGCCCGAGGAGCUCCCACAGCUGGGCAUAGAGACCCUGCGUCACUGGAGUACGCUCUCCUACCCCAGCCUGGUUAAGGAGCUGUGCACCCUCUUCAUUGGUCCUGAGCUCAUUCCAAGACAUGUCUUAAACGUUCUGAUCGACCAAGCCUUCUGCAGAUUCCGCCAUAAAGAGGUGGUCCAUCUGUCCAGGCUGAGGAAUGGGCUGAACGUGUUGGAGCUGUGGCAUGGGGCCACGUACGCGUUUAAGGACCUGUCCCUGUGCUGCACAGCCCAGUUCCUGCAGUACUUCCUGGAGAAGGAGAAGAAGCACGUCACUGUGGUUGUAGGAACAUCUGGGGACACAGGAAGUGCUGCCAUUGAGAGUGUUCAAGGAACAAAGAACGUGGACAUCAUCGUUCUGCUGCCCCAGGGUCACUGCACGAAGAUCCAAGAGCUCCAGAUGACCACGGUGGUGAGGGAGAACGUCCAUGUGUUUGGAGUGGAGGGCAACAGCGAUGAGCUUGAUGAGCCAAUCAAGGCCGUGUUUGCUGAUGUGGCUUUUGUCAAGAAGCACAAUCUGAUGAGUCUGAAUUCCAUCAACUGGUCCCGGGUCCUCGUGCAAAUGGCCCACCACUUCUUCGCUUACUUCCAGUGUGCGCCAUCCUUAGACACGUACCCCCUGCCCCCCGUGGAGGUGGUUGUGCCAACAGGGGCUGCCGGUAACCUUGCAGCUGGGUGCAUUGCUCGGAAGAUGGGCCUGCCCAUCCGCCUGGUCGUGGCAGUGAACCGUAAUGACAUCAUCCAUAGGACUGUGCAGCGGGGAGACUUCUCUCUGUCCAAGGCCAUCGAACCAACCUUGGCAUCAGCUAUGGACAUUCAGGUACCCUACAACAUGGAGAGGAUCUUCUGGCUGCUGUCGGGCUCUGACAGCCAGGGAACAAGAGCCCUCAUGGAGCAGUUUGAAAGGACCCAAAGCACGAGUCUACCCAAGGAAUUGCACAGCAAGCUUUCAGGGGCCGUGACAUCUGAGUCGGUGUCGGAUGAAGCCAUCACCCAGACCAUGGGUCGCUGUUGGGAAGAGAACCAGUACCUGCUGUGCCCUCACUCGGCAGUGGCCGUGAGUUACCAUUACCAGCAGACGAACAAGCAGCAGCCCAGCCUUCCCCGGUGCUGUCUGGCCCCCGCCUCUGCAGCCAAGUUCCCAGAAGCUGUCCUGGCUGCAGGGCUGGCCCCAGAGACCCCUGCGGACAUCCUAGCCCUGGAGUUCAAGGAGACGCGCUGCACCCCGAUGCGGAAGGGUGACGACUGGACGCUGAUGCUUCGGAACACCAUUGAGGGCCUGAGCUGGCAGCAGAGGCCUCAGUCCUGAAUGCUCCGGAAUAGCCAGGCUGGAUUUGACUUGAGUCAAGUUGCUCUGUUGCUCUUGUAUCAGGGUCCCCUGUUCUAUGAACCCAGGGCAGGUGUCAGAGCACCACUAAAUGAAGUCCAAAUGCCUGCAUUUCCAUAGGUACCUCCAUAACCACGCUGCCCCGGAGAAGUCACACUGUCCUUUCCUCUGAAAAUAUGAC